AACGUCUGCAAAAAAACAAAACAAAAAAAUCCCCCGUCUAGCCAGAAUUGAAUACCAAUAUAAGUAAACGUUACAAAUUUUAAUCAAUUUAAAUAAAAAUCGAGUUUGAAAAAUCAUGCCAAGUGAAAGAGAAAAUAAAAAUAAAAUAAAUAAAUAUUUUGUACUAAGUUGUUAGGCUGUAUAUAAGGAAUAUAAACAAUUCAUUCAAAAGAGAAAAUUAAAAAAAAAAACUUGAAUUUAAAAAAAUUCCAUCAAGAAAAUAAAAAAGAGUUAUUAUCAUUAAUUUCUCAGUGUUUUGUAUUUGUUUUGCUAUUUCCAAUAUUGAUAUGUAACUUUAUGUGCCAACGUGGUGUAUAUAUGCGUCUGUGUGUGAGCAUUAAACAGUGUGUGAUAUAGUUAAGUUUUUAAUUUUGACUAAUAAAUUGACAACAGCAGUUAAAUUAGAAAAUCCACAACAACCAAAAAUUCCAAACAUCUAUGAACUUUGGUCUCUCAUUGAACAGAAUAAAAUACAUUUUUGCAUAUCAUAUAACAAAAAGUGAAAAUUGAAGUGUUUAAUAAUAAAAGAUGGAGCAUGUGUUUUCGAUUAAAACAGCAUAAACACCAGACAGCGCACUGUAAAGUGUAAAUAAAAAUAGUCUAUAAACAAAACAAAUGCCUCGCAGUCUGGAGAAAAACAUUGUUCGACAUAUAAUGUCAACAAAUCAUCAACCGGUAGGAAUAUCGCCAUCACAAGGUGUUAAUCCAUAUGACAACAACGACGCUAAUAAUUUAAGCCAACAAAGCUACAUCAAUGGAUUACCAAAAUAUUUUCCCAUGGAUGUUGAAGAAACUGAAAUGGAGACUACAAACGACUGUAGUCGACCUAUGUCGAAUUGUCAAAGUCCCUGUUCAUAUGGUUCAUCGACACUGGAUGAGCACGACGAUCUCAAUGCCAAAGAAGAUGAAUUGACAUUUUGCAUGUCUAGCUAUGCAAAAGAAGCUCUCAAAAUGAUGUUUAUGAUGCGUUCCCAUAACAUGUUAACCGAUGUGAUACUUGAGGUAAAGCAAGAACUUUUUCCAGCCCAUAAAGUUGUGCUGUCGGCAGCAUCGCCAUACUUUAAAGCCAUGUUUACGGGUGGCUUGAAGGAAACCGAAAUGUCACGAGUUCAACUACAAGGGGUGUGUCCCACAGCUAUGGGUCGAAUAAUAUAUUUCAUGUAUACGGGUCACAUACGAGUGACGGAAGUGACUGUUUGCCAACUACUACCUGCUGCCACAAUGUUUCAAGUGCCAAAUGUUAUAGAUGCGUGUUGUGCCUUCUUAGAACGACAAUUGGAUCCCACAAAUGCCAUAGGUAUUGCGAAUUUUGCAGAGCAGCAUGGUUGCAUAGAGCUGCAGAAGAAGGCCAAUCAUUUCAUUGAGAGACAUUUUACACAGGUCUGCCAAGAAGAGGAGUUUUUCCAAUUAUCCGCCUAUCAAUUGAUCACGUUGAUACGUCGCGAUGAACUUAAUGUCCAGGGUGAAGGUGAAGUCUAUAAUGCCGUCCUUAAAUGGGUCAAAUACGACGAAGAGAAUCGUUAUCCCAAAAUGGAACACAUUCUGUUCUCGGUUCGUUGUCAGCUGCUAACACCCACCUUCCUGCGAGAACAAAUGAAAAAUUGUGAUGUUCUUCGUAAGGUUCCUGCUUGUCGAGAGUAUUUGGCGAAAAUCUUUAAGGACCUUACCCUGCAUAAAAGACCAAUAGUUAAGGAACGCAAACCGAAUACCACACGCAUGAUAUUUGUUGCUGGUGGUUUUCUGCGUCAAUCCCUGGACAUAUUGGAGGCCUACAAUGUCGAUGACAAAACUUGGACAACAUUGCCUAGUUUAAGAAUACCAAGAUCUGGCCUAGGUGCGGCCUUUUUAAAAGGCGUUUUCUAUGCGGUGGGUGGUAGAAAUAACUGUAUUGGAUCCUCCUACGAUUCUGAUUGGGUUGAUCGCUAUAAUGCCUUGACUGAACAGUGGAGACCAUGUGCACCAAUGUCUGUGCCCAGACAUCGGGUGGGCGUAGCUGUUAUGGACGAGCUUAUGUAUGCGGUUGGUGGUUCCGCUGGCUCGGAAUACCACAGUACUGUGGAGUAUUAUGAUCCCGAAGUUGAUCGUUGGUUCCUGGUGCAACCGAUGCACACCAAGCGUUUGGGUGUUGGCGUAGUUGUUGUUAAUCGUCUCCUAUAUGCCAUUGGAGGUUUUGAUGGUCACGAACGUUUUGCCUCAGUAGAAUGUUAUCAUCCGGAAAAUAAUGAAUGGAGUUUUGUCAAGCCCAUGACAUGUGGCAGAAGUGGGGCGGGAGUUGCGGCCAUCAAUCAAUAUAUUUAUGUUGUGGGCGGAUUUGAUGGUACGCGGCAACUAUCCACGGUCGAACGUUACGAUACCGAAAAUCAAAUAUGGGAGCACAUGGCUCCCAUAAAAAUUGCUCGCAGUGCUUUAUCUCUUACUUCUUUGGAUGGCAAACUUUAUGCGAUAGGGGGUUUUGAUGGUUCAAAUUUCCUGUCCAUUGUAGAGGUAUAUGAUCCCAAGACGAAUUCUUGGGAACAAGGCACACCUUUGAGUUCGGGAAGAUCAGGUCAUGCCUCGGCAGUGAUAUACCAGCCAUCUUGUGUAAAUAAUUUCAUGGACUGCAUGGAGGAUGAAAGUUCUAAACGUGAUAACGAUGGAGGUUUUAACAAUGAAAAUCUAAGCGAUCAACAUGGUGGCAGUCGAGGCGCGGGUUCGGGAGGCGGUGGCGACAUGGGCGGCAGUGGUAGUUCCUCUUCUCAGGGCUUCCAGACAUCAUUUGGCAGUGGUGGCUGUAGAAAUUGUGAAACUGAAAUAAUACCUUCCCAAAGUGAUAAUGAAGAUGAAAUUCCAGCUGCAAAUAAAAAUAAAACUAAUGCUCCCGUAGAGUUUAGUAAUACUCCAAGUAAAAUAUUCAAAGUAACACCUUCUCAAAGUGAUCAUGAAAAUGAAAUUCCUGCUGCAAAUAAAAAUGGCACUAAUGCUCCCGCAGAGUUUAGAAACAUUCCAAGUAAAAUAUCCAAACGACGAAGGUGUAAAAUGUCAUGGAGAUUGAAAAAAUGUCAUCCAAAUGCUGCCAAUGAAGAUGUGAAAAAAACGAUAAGUACUUCCACUGAAAUGCCUGCGGUCUCCAGGGUAAGUUCUACUCAGCAGCAGCCGCAGCAGCAGUUUAAAGAUCAAAGUCACAGUGGAGAAAGUUUAGAAGAGAAUUGCUCACCACCCAUUUCAUCCGCCACAAAAGGCAAAUGCAAAUUUGCCCAGUGCAAAGCGCAUUGUAUAGCUGAGGCCAUUAGAAAAUACACAAAUAGUCGGGCCAUUUUAUGCGAUUUUGUACACUGCCUGCUGGAGAGACAUACGAAAAAAAUGCUAGAUGUGUGAAGAGGAGACAGACAUUACUACUCAAAAUGUUCACCCAAGUGUUCCAGUGUUCAACCACAAUAAUAUGUGAUAUAUUACAAAAAAAAGGAAAAUAGAUUAUAAUAGCAAAUAUUAGCAUCAUACUUCGAGAAAAACUUCUCUCUCGCUCUCGAAAAUACUGUUACACCCACAUAGGAAGACGGCAACUAACCUUUGUUGCUUUAUGUAACUGCUACAUUUCAAUGUCUCAAUGCAUUUGUUACACCCCCUCCCCCCAAUUAGUCUUACUGUAUUGACAUUUCACAUUCCAUAUCUAUUGUGUAUACUACUCCUUUUACCAUUUAGUCAUGUACCAUGGAUUAGUUAAGUCUAAUAUAAAAUUUCCUUUGCCUAGUUUUUAAAAACAGAACAUUCAAUCCCUCCUUCGAACUUUUUCAUCUUAAGUUGCUUCCCUUUUUUUACGAAAAUCCUGCUGCAUAGUUUUAAAGUCCGUAGUUAUAAAUAUAUGAAAUAAAAUAUUAUAAACUUUUUUUGAA